AUGGACAACACAUCAGAAAAUGAGAUCCAGCUUCACGGAGACGAAGAAAUUAUUGAAGUGAUAGAUCUGGAUGAGUCGGAGCCUGGUCCUGAGGAUCUGGCGGAUGUGCUGGACGAUGUAGACAUUGAGGAAGACGCGGGGAACGCGGAGGAUGAAGGCUGGGAGACUGAGGACGAGAUGGAGGCGGACCAGGAUGACAGCGAGUUCACCUUUUCCAGUCAUAAAGGGUCUGUAUUUUGCGUGAGCUUGGACCCCGUCACUAACACCCUGGCUGUGACGGGCGGAGAAGAUGACAAGGCCUAUGUUUGGAGACUGAGUGAUGGAGAGGUCCUGUUUGAAUGCACAGGUCAUAAAGACUCGGUGACCUGCGCCCUCUUCAGCCACGACUCGUCUCUGGUCGCCACGGGAGACAUGAGUGGGAUGAUCAAAGUCUGGAAAGUGGAAAACAAAGAGGAGAUCUGGUCAUUUGAAGUCGGGGAUCUGGAGUGGUUGGAGUGGCACCCAGCCGCCCCGGUGCUGCUGGCGGGCACAGACGACGGGAAUGUGUGGAUGUGGAAGGUCCCGGCGGGAGACUGUAAAACCUUCCAGAGUGCGGCGUGCCAGGCCACCAGCGGCAAAGUGCUUCCUGAUGGUAAACGAGCGGUGGUGGGAUAUGAAGAUGGGAGCGUCCGUGUCUGGGAUUUAAAACAAGGGAACACAGCCCACGUCAUCAAAGGUCAGGACGGACACCAGGGGGCGCUCACCUGCUUGGCCUGCAACAGCGACGGCUCUCUGGUGCUGACCGGCUCGGUGGACGGUGCCGCUAAACUCAUCAACACCACCACAGGGAAGGUGCUGAGCGUGUUCUCUGUGAACGCACCGGGAAAAGGAUCCAAAGUCGGAGAGGAGGAGACCAACUCUGUGGAGUCCGUGGGGUUUUGUAACAUCCUGCCGCUCGUUGCCGUGGCCUACCUGGACGGGACCCUGGCCAUCUUCGACCUCUCCACACAGGUCCUGAGGCACCGCUGCCAGGACGAGGCUGGGAUCGUUCACCUGCAGUGGGAGCAGUCCUCGUCCGUCGUCGCCACCUGCAGUCUGGACGGAGCACUGCGGCUGUGGGACGGACGCACUGGGAACAUGGUGUCGGAGUACAGGGGCCACACGGCAGAGAUCCUGGACUUCACCAUCAACAGCGAGGGAACUAUGGCUGUGACGGCUUCGGGAGAUAACCAGGCCAAAGUGUUCUGCCUGCAGAGACCGGAUCGGUAA